AUGACGGUAGUCUUCGUUAACGACCCGGAGGAGAAGAUUAAGGCGGAGCCGUUCAUGCUUAAUCUCGUCGGGUCGAAGGAGACAAUGGCGUUCAAGAGGAUUCCGGAUGCCGAGGCGCAAGCUAGGAGGGAUAAGGGGUUAUGCUAUCGCUGUGAUGAAAAAUGGUAUGUUGGUCAUCGUUGUAAAAACCGAGAGCUAUAUGUUAUACUCGUUAGAGAUGAAUUUGAUGAAGAAGGGCUAGUCAUCGAGGCAAGGGAAGAGGAGGUGUUGGUGGAGAAGUUGGGGCUACCCAUUUCAAUAACUCCUAAUUAUGGUAUGGUAAUUGGGAAUGGAAGCCGAUUGAAAAGGGAGGGAAUUUAUGAGGGAGUGCUACUAGAACUUCUCCAUUUGACCGUAAGUGAAGAGAACGUACCGGACAUUGGGGAUAUCACCAUUAGCAAGAUUUCCGCCUCGAGGACAAGGCGAGUUGUUCAAGGAAGGGGUAAUGAUAAGGCCCGGAUCGGUGGGUCUAUAACGAAGGAAGAAGAAAGCAGCAAGGGAAAUAACAAAUUAAAGCACCGGGCUACAAAGUUCUCUCGUUGGGCUUUGAAGUAUGAGAAAGGAGAAUAUUGUGCUCGUUGGUUGGUUAAUUCGUCGAGUUCUAGAAUAUGCCGACGUGGGAUUAGUGAGAGGGUAAGGGGAUUGAUUGGAGAACAUUCGAGUCGUGGAAGGCCAUUGGGUCGUGGAGUGUGGCAAUCACUCGAAUACCGUUGA